AAUAUAAUUUUAUUGAAUACCCAACACGGAUAGAUUUAUUAAUUUAAUAUCCUAAAAUUAGUCUCAAUCAAAGCUUUCCUUAUGACGAAACAACCAAUAACUAAAACAAUGGAUUGCUCAUACAGGUUACCAUAGUUAUUGUAGCCAAGAGUUCCCAAAACAGUCACUUAUUCGAAUGACAAACCCCUUGGAGUGGUAAAACAGUUUACGUGCUUUGGAAACAAAAAGGUGUAGCCUAGUACAAUAUGACGCUGCUCACACUCCUUAUGGCAUUAGGUAUCCUAUUUUCAAGUUUAGCAAUCGGAGACUGCAGCAUAUGUUACGUGUGUGAACAUUCUGAUUGUGGCCAACAAACCAACAUUGACCCGUCCAAUACAGCAACUUGUGAGUUAGGAUGUUUCAAAGGAAGGAUUGCUGCAGAGAAUGAUGGAGUAAGAUACUUAAGAAGUUGUGCUGUAACACACAUGAAUGACCAGUGCUUUAAGCCCAAGAGGUUUAUUAAAGGAUUUUACCUGCAUGAUACUUGCUACUGCAAUAAUGACUACUGUAACAGCGCCACCUUUCUGUCUACACCCGUACUACUUACUACAUCGUCAUUGGUAGUCACACUGAUGUACAUUCUGUAGGAAGAUUUCGUCUGAUCGUGUCCACUGCAUGGUUUCUAGUCGUUUUUUACUUUAAAUCAAUGACUUAAAACAAAAAGCAACAUUUACACUCGAGGACUGAUAAUGGAUGGCGUGAUAAUCUGUGGGUUAGAUUGUAUUCCCGGGUUGUAUUUAGAUAUAAAUUCAAAAUCUAAAAAAUCAUCAAUUAUCUUUUUCGUUCAAAGUAAAGUAUCACUGGAGUGUGCUUUGAAGAAAAGAUCCCAUUUGUAACCGGCCAUCUAUGUAAGUCGUUAGCAUUGCAUCAUUUUACUUGACUAAUUGGAAUUCAAAACUUCUUGUAACAACGAUGUAAAUACCUGUAACCUUGAAACAUUUUGGAAAUACCUGAAGCAUUUUGGAAUAUUCGUACACAAAAGUGCUCGUUGCAUAUUUCAAAUAUGCAUAAUUUAUUGUUUGAAUACAAUAUAUUAUAUUUUUGAAAACAC